GGAAACUAGCGAGCGAGAGGCCGUGGCUGCCCGUCUUGGUCGUGCCCUUGUUACCGGAAGGGGGCGGGGCUUCCCCACGCGUGUUGCUUGAGCGGCGCAGGGUUCCGCUGAGCGCGUCUUUCCGUCAUGGCGGAGAGAAUCGAGCAGCGCAUUGAGGACCGGAUCCCCGAACUAGAGCAGCUGGAGAGGGUUGGACUCUUCACUCGCAAAGAAAUCAGGGCAGUUAUUAAGAAGACCUCAGCCCUUGAAUAUAAAAUUCAACGGAGAGCACUUCAUAAAGAAGAUUUUAUCAGUUAUAUUCAGUAUGAAAUCAAUCUAUUGGAACUGAUUAAGAAAAGAAGAUCGCGCAUUGGUUACUCAUUUAAGAAAGAUGAGAUUGAGUAUUCGAUUUUGCAAAGGAUUGAUGGCAUUUUCAAACGUGCUACAACAAAAUGGAAAGAUGAUGUUCAGCUGUGGUUGUCCCAUGUUGCGUUUUGCAAAAAAUGGAACAGGAAAAUACAGCUGAGCAAGGUGUUUUCUUCUAUGUUAGCCCUUCAUCCAAACAAACCAGCUUUGUGGAUCAUGGCUGCCAAAUGGGAAAUGGAGGACCGCCUGUCAUCUGAAAGUGCCCGGCAGUUGUUCCUCCGUGCAUUGCGUUUCCACCCAGAGUGUCCCAAACUUUAUCAAGAGUAUUUUAGAAUGGAGCUGAUGCAUGCAGAAAAGCAAAGGAAAGAGAAAAAAGAAUUUGAACAAGCAAAAAUGGACUUGGGCGAGUUUAAUUAUUCUGAGGAUGUCCUUAAUGGUGAAAUUGCUCGAAUUGUCUACAAGAAUGCCACCGAGAAAAUCAAAGGUGCAGAGUUUCUGCUCUCAUUGCUGUCGAUUGCAAAACUUUUUGAUUUUACGCAAGACCUUCAAAAAGAAAUCCUGGAAUACUUGCAGGCAGAGUAUGCCAACGAUGCUCUUGUGUGGAACUACAUGGCGCGGCAGAAGCUGGAGAUGGAACUCCUGCCUUCAUCAGAUCACAUGUCGAAACAGUCGAAGGCGCUGGACAUGGCCUGCAGAGAAGAGCAGUGUUGCACAGUGUUUGAAGAGGCAGUUGUGGCUCUUCCCACAGAGGAAAUGUGGAAAUGCUACAUCACAUUCUCCUUGGAAAGAUUUAAUCGGAAGACCAACAGUGAAGUGUUAAGGCAGAAGAGGCUGGAAAGGCUCCUGAGUGUUUUCACUCGAGCUCAUGAUUUGCAGUUGCUGCCGGCUUCACACUAUAAACCAUGGCUUCAGGUUUUACUGAAGCUUGACCUUCAGGAGAAGGCCAAAGAGGUAGCUGCUGCAGCAACUGAACGAUUCAGCCAGUCUGUCGAAAUGUGGGAAAUGAGGCUGCAGUUGCUACUCAAGCUGAACCACGAGGGCAUAUCGUCUUGUUUUCAGGAAGCUUUUAAAGUGCUUAAAGCAAAGGAUAGCUUACCGCUUUGGAUUUUAUGGGUAGAAUGGAGCGAGAGUGUUAACAGCAAGGCUGAAACAGAGGCACUCUAUCAGAAAUCUUUGCUUGUGACACUUCCCAAUGACUCCGUGAUCAUGAAAGAAAAAUAUCUUGAAUGGGCUUAUAGGACUCAUGGGUACAAGGGCGCAAAAAAAGUCUUUACCAGUUUGCAUGAAAGCCGUCCAUUUUCACUUGAGUUCUUCAAGAAGAUGAUUCAAAUUGAAAAGGAGCAAGAAUCCUCUAAUAUGUUGAAUAUCCGAGAAUAUUAUGAACGUGCUUUAAGAGAGUUUGGUGCCACCAACCCUGAUCUUUGGCUGGAUUACAUCAAAGAAGAGCUGAGUCAUUUCCAAGGUAAACCGGAGAACUGUGGCAGUAUUCACUGGAGAGCUAUGAAAAUAUUGCAGGGAGAAGACGUGGAAACUUUUAUUUCAAAAUAUACCCUGCUGCAAACUGGACACCUAUGAGAAAUGUUAGAAAAACUACAGCAGUGUACAGACCAUUGUUUUUUCUUUAAACUCUGUAUAAUUUUACUUCUGAAGGUAAUUCUGUGAAAGCAUAUGAAGGUGUGCACUGUGCCUUUUACUGAAUCAAAACUUAGAAUUUAACAUGUAAAUAUUGCAUGUUCUGAAGACCUGAACAAACCAAGAACAUGGGAGGGUGGGGUAAGGGGAAAAAUUGCCAUAAGUGACCAUGUUCAACUGAGCAUAUCAAAUUAAAGAGGCAUAUAUGAAAUUUUACACUUUAUUGCACGCCCCCUUAAUUUAAAAGAAUGCCACUGGCCUGCCUAGCUAUUUAUUCAUUUUAUUAGCUUCACAAUUAUUUUCAGCUCCAAGUGAUUUACAACAUAAAUCUUUGGUUUGAUACAAUCACCUGAGCUGUAGCCCACAAUAGAGCUUCCUCAUCUUUGCUUAACUGAGCCCCUCCAAGAGGCCCAUUCAGAAAAUUGAUGAUGAUUUAGUAUAUUUUCCACCACCCAGUGACCAGAGCCCUCUCGGCAGUUUACAAAAGAUUAAAACCUUUAAAAUACAUUAUAAAACCUUUUAUAUAUAAAACACCUUUAAAACACUCACCAACGAUCCCAGGACUGGUUAAAAACCUUCAUAUAUGCUGCCAAAUGCUUGGAAAUACUUGGCACUGAAAAAUAUUUAUGUUGGUGCCAGGUUGACUUCAGUGGGAAGCAUAUCCCACAGUUGGGGUGCCACCACUGAGAAGGCCUUUUCUCUUGUUGCCACCCCCCAAACCUCCUGGCAUCCGCACUCACAGCACCGUUUUUCUGUGCCAUCACUGUAGUGCUUGCCAGGCACCAUUCAUGGUGUCUGACCUUCCUCUUCCACUAUGGCCAGCGACUGGUGCAGAAGAGCAGUGCUGUGAGAACAUGUGCCAGGCACCCUUCAUGGCAACUGACCUCCUCUGCUUGCUGCAGCUGGUGGUGGCGUGGGACUCAAUUCCUGGCAAGCGCUUCACCAACUCUGGCAGGCUCGGCCACUGCAAAAUGGAUCAGAGUCCAGGGGAUGGAGCUUAGGGAAGCCAAAGGAUUCCAGCCCCCAAGAGAGCUUGCACAUCCUUAAUCGACGCUACUGCACUUUAUAAGAAAUCCCCCAUUUGCUCAUGUUCUUCAGCAGUACAAGGUCGAUGAAGGACAGCUUGACAGUGUAACGCAGCCUCCCCAAUCUGAACGCCCUUUCUAAGCCUUUCUAAGUUGCCCUGAGCUUUGUGCCAUUCAUUGUUUGGAUGGUGUAUAACUCUGAUUACCCCUCUCAAAAGCAUUCCUUCAGAAUGAUGAAACAGCCUUUAGCUAUAAUAAAUGUGAAUCUGUAGAUUUUGGGUUUCCUUGUGGCUUCCAGGUCUUGAGCCCUGCAGCUGUCGUAUCUGCCUGCUCUCUGUUUCCAUGAUCAGAUUCACACAAUCAGGGAAGAAAAAACCUGCACACUGCCUCAUUUUGAUAAUUACCUGGUGAGGUGUGGGUUGCUACGUGUUGUCCAAACCCAGCAAGGUGGGCAGUUUCCAAAUUAUUUUACACUCCAUGGUUUGUUCUAGGUUUCCAGGGUGGUUCGGAAGUCAUGCCCACUGCCUACCCUGGCAGGAUCUGGACAACAUGGCCGUCCAUGCCCUGUGUGGCUGAUUGUGGAAAUGAGGUGGCUUGUGACUGGAACACAUGGUGAGGGGAAAAGAUGCCACUGUGGCCUCUUUUUCUUCCCAAAUGGUAUGAACCCAGUCACUGGGUAAGGAAUAUAUUUCUGUAACAGUCCUGAGAAACAAACCAGAGGGUCUGAACAAGUGCAUUGGGAGUUAAGUCACCCAUUAAAUGGUUAACAGUAAAUCAAAACAUGCUUUGGUUAUAUAAGAAUCCUGGGAGGAAUUAGUGAAAACUUCUUUUUCAAGGUCAUGUUCUUAAAUGCUACAAUCUGAUACACUUAUGUGGAGCACAAAUAACCCUUGGAACUUCACUCACUCCAUCAUGUCAUGAGUUAUCCUAUGUCCAGAGGUCAGUGCUAUGGCAACAGCAUUUAGAAGUACUGAAUUGCCUGACAUGAUUAUACUGGGCUUAAGCAUGCCUAACUCUGCAUUCGAUCCUAGGCCAUUACCCGUUUUCAGAGAAAUCCUUCAGGCCAUCUGGAUAAAUGACUUGAGCAGUUACACACCAAGAAAAUAAUGGAGUCAGUGUUUCAUAAACGCAAAUUAGAUGUUCCCUCUUUGACCAGCUAAAAUAAUUGUGCUUUGCAUUAUUACUGUUGUUUGAGAAAGAAGAGCAGCCGUUUCCCUGCUAGUGCUCUAAGGCUGUUGCUGAACUAUCAGCUGUAUAACAUGGGGUAGUGGAGGGGAAUGUGAUUUGCUAAAUAUUGGAGGAGAUGCUGAUGCCCAUUUCAGCUACUCUGUCUUUGGCUUUGUGUUGUCUCUGGUAGACUCUUCUUGUGGCUAGCAGCCGGCUGGUUCUCUUCAGGUGGUGAAUGUUUUCCAGUUCAUUUCUUAGGAAUUCUCACCCAAUUCUGUUUUGAUGUUUCAGCCAUUUUCUUUGCUGGAAAUAUUAUCUAGUUGUUCUCUGAACGUUUAGUUGUCUUCUGCUAAUUCAAUUGCCAACAUAAACCUUGGAAUGUUUCCUAGUAAUUGAUGGUUUUCUUCUUGAAUACUGUGUUAUCUUUGAAGUAAUUUUGGAAUCCAUAUGACUAGUAUGCCUACAGUUAUAAUUAAACUGGAAAACCUUCAAAAGGUUUUUCUGAGAUUCCCCUGCCCUAAACUUUAUUGUUGCCAAUCAGUGUUCAAUCAAACUUACAAUCUUGUUGCUUGCAAAACCAAAGUAAUCACUUUUUGGGCAACGAUGUUUAUAUAUAGGAAAGAUGAACAUUUUACUGGAGCGUCUGUAAAAGUUCAUCUGUUGUGUAUACUGCUUAUCAACCAACACAUACUACUGAUCUGGACAACUAAUGGGUGUGUGUGUAUGUAUGGGGGGGUGGUAAGAUUGGUUCAAGAUCAGAAUUAAAGCAAGUCAUGUCAACUUAAGCCCUACAAAUUCAGCAAACUGGAAGGUCAGGUUGAUGUAUUAACAGAAAUACCUUGUGCUCAGUGGUGGUGCUGUGUCACAAAUUGUGCUUGCUUGUACCCUUCUUGUACCAUAGUUGCUCUUCAUCUUUCAUGCCCAAAUCCUCAUGGGGAGAAUGGAGUGCCUGGGAGCAGCAAAGAUUUCUAACUUGUAAAGGCAAUACAGGAUCUGGACAAAGCAUCUGCACCUCAUUGUAUUGCUAGAGGAAUUAGACUGUAGGUAGUAGCUAUGACUUUCUCCCUCAAAUCUAGGGAACCUGAUGAGGAGAAGGACCCUGGUAAGGGAGAGGGGAAGUUUAUUCCUCCAUUUUGCUCCCUCUGCAGAUUGUGGAGGUCCAUGCCUGCACAAUAUUUCAGCUUGAUCACCUUUAACUGGGUAAAUUGCAAGUACAGGAGACCUGACCAGGACCACAGUAGGCGAUAAAGCAUCAAAACCCCCCACUAGGAUCCCAACCUGUGUAGUAACAUGCAGUGUCACCCUGAGAGGUCACAUUCCAUAGAAAUAGCCGUUAUGAAUAGGUGGCAGUAAAUUCCCUCUGCAAUGUAGAUGCAGAAAACACUGUAGUUCCAGCAGAAUUCUAGCUUUAUUGUGAAACUUAGGGUGCUCUUUGUAACUCUGCUAGUACUCUGCUUUAAUGGAGCAAGAAAAUAUUACUCAACUUUGAAUUAUGUCACAGAACUUAACUAAUGAAUAAUUUCCUUAUUUGAUAACCCUUGAAUAAAGUGCUUACUAGUUUGUACAAACAGUAGAAAUAUAUUUCUGUUUAAAAAUGGGAAUAAAAGGAAUACAUGUGGUUAUUUCCA